AAAAAAUCACACUACAAACCUCCCUCACUGAGUUGUUUUUUUAAGUGGGAGAGCGCGCGCGAGGGAGCUGAUUGGCUGCGGCGCGCGGUGGCUGGCCAAUAGGGGCUCCGGGCUGUGGUUUGGAAGGCGUGGAUUGGGGAGGACGCGCAGGCCGGGAGGCGGGGCCUGGAGGAGGCGACGCUGACAGUUGGGCAGGAUGUCGGCGAGGAGGCGCAUCGGGGACCCUGAGUUUUUGACCAAAAGGAUCCCACAGAAUCCUAAAUACCAGCAUGUAAAAACUCGCCUUGACACAGGUAGUAGUAUGACCAAAUACACUGAAAAACUGGAAGAGAUCAAAAGAAAUUACAGAUACAAGAAAGACGAGCUCUUCAAGAGACUGAAAGUGACUACUUUUGCCCAGCUGGUGAUCCAGGUUGCUUCUCUAUCUGAUGAAAACUCAGAAGUACCAUCAGAGGAAAUUCAAAAGCUCGAUGAAGGCGAUGCCUCUCCUGCAGAUAACGACGCAGAUGUUGCAGCAGAGACCAAUGGCAAAGGCAGCCCUGGUGAGAAACCAGCCAGUCCCAUCCUGUUCAUCAACAACACCGGAGCCGGGGAGUCAUAUCGUUCCACCCUCCAGAGUGUGAUCAGUGGCGUAGGCGAGCUGGACCUGGGGAAAGAUGCCCCCAAGAAAACGGAAACCUGUACAAAAGACGGCCCUUAUCCCGAUUGUCCCUACCUGCUGCUGGACGUGAGAGAGCGGGAUGCCUACGAGCAGUGCCACCUAGUGGGAGCUUACUCCUACCCCAUCGCCACACUCUCCAGAACCAUGAAUCCCUAUACGAAUAACGUUUUGGAAUACAAAAAUGCUCACGGGAAGAUCAUCAUUCUUUACGAUGACGAUGAGAGAGUGGCAAGCCAGGCGGCCACCACCAUGUGUGAGAGGGGCUUUGAGAACUUAUUUAUGCUGUCUGGAGGUCUCAGGGUCAUUGCUCAGAAGGUCCCUGAAGGCCUGGUAACGGGUACCUUUCCCACAUCUUGCCUGUUGGCCAGCCAGCCUGGGACUGCCCGGAAAAAAAUGACUCCCAGGCAUCCCCUUCCCCCGCCCGCUGAGAAUAAAUGGAGAUUUACAGCAGAGGAUCUACAGAAGAUACAGUACUAUCUAGAAGAGGAGCAACUUCCUUUGGAUACCGCCAGCCGUCUUAGUCGUGGUUCUUCAGCUCGAGACUCCAAAGCCACCGCCGUAAAGAGCAGCCAGAACCUGCCAGCCGCCCACUCGGCUGUGGCCCUCACCACCCGCUCCCUCAGCAGCAGCAGCCUCCAAAGCAGGCCAUGGAGAUAGACGGUGCCUUUUUCCACUGAAUAAAGAGAGCCCUGUUCCUGGGGCCCUUUGAUCACUCCA